AUGCCUCCAGUUUGGCCGAUCGGGGACUCCCCCGACAUUCCAGCAGCCACCGUUGGCGGACUCUAUGUUCGGGAUGACAGCAAUGAGAACAUCGCUGAUAAAUUAUCUGCCAUCGACCCUAAUACCCACAACCUCUUUUCACGUGCCGACUCAACAGAAGAAUCCAGCACGCCAAGAUAUGGGCAAGGCACAGUCGACCCGCACAGCAUCAAAAUGCAAGGCCUGAUGGCACUGUUUGCCAUCAUUGGACUGUUGUUUGUCAUAGGAGGGAUUUGGUUCUUCUUCUGGGCCAAGAACGGCGGAUUCAUCUGGCGCAAGGGCGACUGGGAUGACUACAAGUCCACUGUUCUGCGACGAAAGGGACCCGACGGAAAGACUCUCAGUAACGCCACAGCGAGUACCAAGCUCGGCGGCGGAAGUGUUGUUGGCAAGGGCUACACGGACGACGGAUACUCGUUUACAGAAGGAACAUAUACCGACACCGCGACGACCGUUACAGAGGAGAAGUCACGACGCAAGAAGUUCAGAGAAACCGCCAAAGAGAAGCUGCUCCGACGCAACAAGCACGAGCAAUGGGAAGGUGCCGACGAUGCCGACGUACGCGCCUACCGAGAAGAGAAGCCUGCUCGCAUUGGCGGCAUGAACCGUGAAGCCGAUGGAACCUACAACGGCAGUGACUACGAUACCUCUGCCCCGCCUACCUCCUACCAACAGAGCGAGAUGAGCCAAACUCAUGAUUUUGCAUACGAACAGCCACGCCGUCAGCGCCGCGAUCCUUCCGGUUUCUCGUUCACACAAGGCAGCGAGGAUGUCAUCAGCCAAGCAGCCGAAGAACGUCGUGUCCGCGACCCAUCUACCCGCCGCCACAACCGCCGUCGUGAACGUCGCAGCGAGGUUGCCCCAUCUGCCCCUCCUUCUGCGCCUUCAUCUCGUACUAGCAGCCCCCGCAAGCAACGUGAGCGCCGCUCCGCGCCCCAGGGCCACUUCACUGAACCCCUGGACUUCUCAUCUGCGGGCUCCCGUUCUGAGUACCAGUACUCUAACGUUGACACUGAGGAUUCUGGUACCAAGAGCUACAAGCAUCCGAUCCCGGGUUUGACGAAGGGAUACCGCCGUGAUGGACGAAGUCGUCGUCGCGAUAGUCUGAGUGAUAGUGAGGGCGAGACACAGUACUCUUGA